AUGCUGCCUCAAACGCUGCUGCUUUCCUCGCCCUCCCUCGCGGCCUCUUUCUCUUCUCCAUCCUCCUCCUCCUCCUCCUCCUCCUCCUCCCCUCCCUCUGCCGCCGCCGCCGCCGCCCUUGACCCUCACCGCCACCAACAACAACACCAACUCCCAUUCCAACCACAGUAUCCCCUCGACCACCCACAGCUCCAACAGCAGCACCUUCUACAACAGCGUCUGCUCCUCCAACAGCAGCAGCAACAGGCCCAGCUCCAGCUCCAGCUCCUGCAGCUCCGUCAGAAGCAACGCCUCCAGGAAGAGUACCAAGAACAGCUACAGCGCCACCACCGCCGCCCUCAUUCGCUUGAACAUAGAUCAGCCUCCUCCUCGCUCUCCCCUGCAACCCAGCCCCCGUCCGAUCCCCUCGAUUUUGUGCCAACUCAGUCCCCUCUUGCUCCUGCUACGGCUCCAUUCCCUCCUCAGCAACCACCACAACCACAGCCGCACCAGCUCCUGUCUCAGUCAUUUGUCCACCCAUUCCUCGGUACCAGCAGCAACAAGACCGGCCCUCCGAAACUAAUCAGUGCCUCAGUUCCCACAACCGCCUCAAUGGAUAUCUUGGCCAUGGCCCCGUUUCCGAUGCAUCAGCACCAAACCUUCGCCUCCAACCUCCCUGUGCUACAGCAACCAGUGCAGCAAAUCACUGGUCUCCCAAUACAGGCUCAGCAGCAGCAGCAACAGAAAGUACAGCAACGGCAGCAGGCAUUCAGCAACAAUAACCCGUUCUAUCAUCCGCUCAAGUACGAGACAGGCCAGUCGCAAGAGUCACAGUUGACAAUUAACAUGACCAAUGUGAGCAUGGACACGACCUCUGCUGGCCUCGUAGCGCUUCCCGGCUCCACUCUUGCCCGUAAUGGAGUGGACGGCAACCAAGCAAAUGGAUGGAUACGACAUGAGCACGCCAUGCUGAACGGAGGCUCAUCUUUGUUCGGUACUAACACCGACGAUCUCUUGCGGAGGUUGUCACACUCAAGUGGCGCCAGUGAUAUGAGCAUCCAGUCUUCUGGUUUCUCCCCCGAGACACAGAUGGCGGGAUACACGCUCGACGCAUGGAUUAUCCAGAAGAAGGACCAGAUGGAGGAGAUCUCACCCACGGGUGGAAUCAUUCAGGCCCCCGCCGUUCAGGAGGUUCGCACCGGCCAGCAGUUCCUCAUCAAGCUCCAGCUCAACAAGCAGGGUUCCCCCGCUCAGUCCUCAACAAAAUACCCGGCCAUGCGUGUCGAUCGUCGCGAAGCCAUCAACACCGCUGGCGAACCUCGCGCCGGUGCCGAGCCCUUGACCCUGCAGAUCAUUGUGCAUCUUGCCAAGAGUCGCCAGGUUAGGAAAGGUGCUUGUGCCAAGUGCUGCCAUAAGUACGGUCCUUCUUCCCCUAUUCUGGUCUUGCUUGAUCCUCUCUCGCCAUCAGUAACAGACCCAUCUUCAUACGCCCACCUCGACACGACGACUGGAUCCGUCACCAUCCUGGCCAAGGUAAUCUGCUCAUCCACAGACCAUGGCGAGCGCGGUAACAAGGACCGAUAUCUCUUUGAGUUCCGACUCAGGCGUACAAGCAGCGUUCUGAACAACGUGACGAAGAUGAACAUAAGUCCCCUGGGCGCAGACUCAAGGGAGGAUGAUGCUGACACCAUCGCCAGCUGCUAUACUGCACCGAUCAUGUGCUCUGGCCACCACAAGGCUAAGCGGGUCUACCCUAACCAGCGACCGUCCAAGGUCACUAAGGACGGACCUAUGCCCAAGACCAAGGUAGUCAAGCGCCAAAAGGAUAUUCCCAGCCUAGCUGACCAGAUCCAGACGUCACAGCUGUUCCCCAGCCGGCAAGAUGAGUUCCUUCGAUCAGGGUCAACCUCAAGCAGCUCCACUUACCCUUCGCCACUCUCGUUCAUGCAGGACAACGUCCCAGGCGCUUCGGCCAUGUCGAACUUUGGCGACGAUCAGCCAAGCGAUCUUGAAUUCGGAACCAGCACUAUCGGCAACCAACAGCUCCUGAAUUCGACUGACAAUAACAUAUUGGAUCCAUCACAACCCCUGCAGCCGCAACCUCCAAGGAUCUUUGAGGUCAGACCCGACCAUGGCCCCAUCCGCAAGAUCACAGACGUCGUACUCCGUGGACUGUUCUUCCGCGAUGGCAUGGUUCCCUACUUUGGAUGCUUUCCUGCCCAAGACAUCGUCGUUGAGACAUCUAACCUGAUCAUCUGUAAGGCCCCCGACAGCCCCUUACCCGGAACCGUUUCCAUCACCAUCUAUGACAGCGUCGGUAACACCUUUGUAGAUCUGAGUCAGUUCACAUAUACCGACGACUCUGAGACUGAGCUCUUGAUUUUGCAGCUCCAGCUCCGACUCGCCCACCGUGCUCUUGAAUAUCUACACAGUCAGGCCACUGGUCAGAAAGGCAGUGCCAACGAUAUCUUGAAUAGUAUUCCUGGGCUAGCGUCAGCUUCACCUCGCUCGCCCUUGGGCGGGAAUGUUAUGUCGGACUCGGCUGAUCAUAUGGACGAUUCGACCAUUUUGACGCUGGAUCAAGUGGAGGAGGGAAUUCUAAAGACUCUUGAUCAGCUUCCGGCAGGAUUCGACAUUUCUAUGCCUCUGGAUGACCAGGGUAACUUGCUCCACCUCAGCAUCCUGCUUGGACUCGAUAGGCUAACCAUGCGCUUGAUCGAGGAGGGAUGUGAGCUCGAGGCUCUCGACACCUGGGGCAUGACACCACUUAUGUAUGCGGUCGUUAAAGAGAGCGAACUCGUUGUCCGUUCUCUGGUUCUGGCCGGAGCCACCUCGUCUGGUGCCAAGACCCCCAAGGAUUUCUACAAUUUCUUGCCUCGUCCCGUCACGCCUACACGUGCCGUCGUUGGCUAUUUGUCGGUCUGCUGCGAACGUUAUUCGAAGACCUUAAGGACGCUGGUUUUGGGUAACACGCUUGGACAGCCAAAUCUGGUUCAGAUUGAGCACGAGGGGACAUUGGAGUCAUCAGAGAGUGAAUCUGAUUCAGAGGAGCAGGCAGAAGAGGAGAAAGGCGAUGCUGCGGUUGCUUCUCAGGUGACGGACGAAAAUGCUCCAGUUAUUGUGGGGACUGCGCCUAAGGAGGUCGGCGCUGGAAUGACCCCUGCAGCAUCUGUGGAGGGGAGUGAAGAUAAUACGUUGGCUCAAUUGGCACAGACGCUCAGGGGCGUUCAUCUCACACACGACAUGCCACCAUUGUACCAGCAGGAUUUACCACCGAUGCAUGUUGUUGGCUCGGACGGCUCGAUCACCGUCAACAUGAAGGUCUUGAAGGGCGAUGAGAUCCCUCGGGGUGUUCCUGGUAUACAGACGAUUACCACCGACAAUGAGGAGUCUGGCUAUCACAGCGGUGUGUACUCUGAGGUCCAGGACCGACUGAGCCUCUUGAACAAGGCAUUGUUGCCCUCAGAUGGACUUAAAAUGACAGUUGCAUUCCACAGAGCUGCUUCCAGCACACCAGUGUCCCCAGCGGGUGUUGAGAUCCCCACGCCCGAGAACUUAUUUAGGACAGGCGAUAAUUUCAACAUCGAGAUUCGUUUGACGACGACGGUUGUGCCUGGCGUGGAGUACAUCCCACUGCCCAGAGAAUUCCUGGGAAUCCGAUUUCCUCGCGAGAUGGUCAAGCGCGUAAACGGUCGUCCAGUGUCGAUCUUGAACGAGAUGACCUAUAUUCUCAGGGCUUCGAUCGAGCUCGGCACGCGCAAUACGAUGGUCAAGGCUUCGAGUAGUGAGGUCCAUCAGCACCAGGGUGAUGGCAUCGAGCUCAAGGGCGCGUGUAACAAUUGCGCAAAGUAUCUCCAUGAGAAUAAGAAGGUCUCGCCAUCUCGUGUGUCUCGCGAGGACCCGACGGCGUACCCGAUCCUGCAAUUCAGUGUCCCUGCUCCUGUCAACCCUAUGCAGCAAGCUAUGCUAGAGGACUUGGACUACAAUGCGGAGGUAAUGGAGUUGCACAAUGGACAUGUGGAGGUCAAGGCGCGCGUCAACUGUUCAAGUCUGCAUCAUCUUGUCCAGCGCGAGAAGGCCAGGCGCGCAGCAGAGCUUGCUCUGCCCUCGUCUUCGUCUGCGUCCUCAUCUUCGACUCCUUCAACAUCGGCAUCAACAGUUGCGACUGGCAAGGCGGCGCUGGGGGCGAAGGAUCUAGAAGACCCUGGAUUCGUGUUCAUGUUUGAGUUGGUCCAUCCAACGUUGAACCGAGUGGUGGCCAAGUUUGAGACAGGGCCUUUCUUAUUCCAGAGCUACUCUCUCAAACGAAGAACCUGA